GAAAACUGACAAGACAAACAAACAGGGUCAUGUGACAGGGUCAUGUGACCUCUGUGCUGGUCACCUUUUCUUUGAAUGGUUUGUGAACUGACGACAAUAAUUGUUGAAGUUUUAAAGUGAAAUUCUUUCUCAUUCCUGUUGAUCAACGACUUCAGCUGUUCAACAGUUCGGUGGUCUCUGUUGUCGUUUUUUGAGCUUCAUAAUGCUCCACACAUUUUCAAAGGGGGACAGGUCUGGACUGCAGGCUGGUUUCUACAUCUUCCAUGUAGACGGUGGCCACGAUGGGUGAUACUGGUGACUGAGACAGAAGUCCAGUGAUCCACAAAUCUGGUCCGGGCUGAGAGUGGACCAGGAGAGCUCAGAGGUUCCCAGUGGUCAGUCUGCCCAGCAGCAUCAAACACACCUGGACUCCAUAUUUAUGCUGCUGGAGGAGAACAUUGUCACUUUUGUGAAGAACGAGCUGAAGAGGAUCCAGAAGGGUCUGAGUUCAGAUGAGCCAGGAUGCUUAGAGAGUCAGAGGGAGGAUGAGGAGGUGUUGGACGGUGAGGAUGAAGAGCAGAGGAGGAGCAGCAGAGAGUCAUUUCUGAAGAUCACACUGCACUUCCUGAGGAGAAUGAAGCAGGAGGAGCUGGCUGACUGUCUGCAGAGCAAAUUUUUCCAGCAUAAACUUAAAUCUAACCUGCAGAAGAAGUUCCAGUGUGUGUUUGAGGGGAUUGCUAAAACAGGAAACCCAACCCUUCUGAACCAGAUCUACACAGAGCUCUACAUCACAGAGGGAGGGACUGCAGAGGUCAAUGAUGAACAUGAGGUCAGACAGAUUGAAACAGCAUCCAGGAAACCAGACAGACCAGAAACAACAAUCAGACAAGUAGACAUCUUUAAAGCCUCACCUGGAAGAGAUGAACCAAUCAGAACAGUGAUGACAAAGGGAGUGGCUGGCAUUGGGAAAACAGUCUUAACACAGAAGUUCACUCUGGACUGGGCUGAAGACAAAGCCAACCAGGACAUUGUAAUGGAAAAUUUAUAUUACAUGAUUGUGUGUUCUCUUAUAACCAUAUAUAGCCAUGUUUGAUCUCAGUAAUAUUCAAAAAGUUU